UUUUCUUCCUUCUCUCUUCUCUCUCUCACUUAAACUUCCCCCACCCAAACCCACUGCUGCCACCAACCAGCGGCACCAUCGGCGCUCUGUCGAGACUCCGUCUCCACUGCCACCAACCUGCUGAAGCUCCGUCUCCACUGCCCGGUAAAUUCUCUUUGACUGUUUAAAAUUUUUAUUAAAUCACAUCAGAUUUGUGUGUCUCUAAUUUUUAUUAAGAUGCCAAAAGUUUAUACGAAACUAAAGAGACAAUUGGAUACCCAUUCUGAUCCUUUCUUGUGCAUUGCUACCUUCUACAGUUGUCCAUAUUAUCCGUCUUUUUUGCUUUUACAAUUUGCACACUCCUAACAAUAUAUUUUAUGGAAUUAAUUACACUAAUAUUUGUUUAAACUAUUUUUUAUCUCUAUUAACUGUCGUACUUAAUUAACAAUCACUAGUUAGAACAGUAAGAGCAGAUUUGAGAAAAAUACUACUCCUAUUAGAUGGCCUUUUUUUUAAAAUGUCAAACAAUUUAAAACAAAUUCAGUUUAUCAAAACGACUAAUUUUGAGAACGAGACAAGUAGACUAAAUAAAUUGUUGAGGGAGAAAAAGGAAAUAGGACUUGAGGCCCAAAGUAUACAAGCUUUGAUUUGUUCGGAUGGCCAAAGGCAUCACGUUGUAUCCCAGUGCCAAAAUUACAACAUCAUGAUUUUUUCUUCACUCACUUAUUUCUUUUUAUAGUAGAAGAAGCUCUUCUUUCUUCCAUACACGUCUUUCCUGUAUAAUGUAUUUUUAUGUUAAAAUAAUGUAUUUUUCUUUUUAAAAUUCAGUAAAUAAAUGAGAAGUGUUCUUUGGAAUUAUAGUUCCAUACCUGGGGAUUGCUGAAGUCAGUACAUAGAUUUACUAAAAGAAGGCUGUCAUAGUUCAUCAAGUUCCUUUUUUCAUAUUAUUUCAGCAAAUAGUUUGAUGUCAUAGUUUCUCUAGCAGUUUUAUAUCUUGCCAUCCAUGGAAUUACAGAUUAAAUUUUUUGUGUCGUCAGUUCUCAAUUGUUUACUAAGGUGUCUUGUUGCUGGAUAUUCACGUACUAUAUGAAAAGGAGUUUAAUAGCCUGAAUUAUACUACUUCCAUAAGUAGGAUCAAUAUAGUGGUAUUAGAAAACCUCUAUUUGCUAUGUUAUUGUUGUUCUGGAUCUUACUGAUGAAUGUGCAGUUAAAAUAAGAACAAGAACUCUAGUUUUUUUCUUUUAGUUGUUACAAUUGACUUGUUUUUUGAUGGAAAAAUCUGCUAAUUACUCACAUAAUUAGUUCAGUAUUAUCUCUACACGUAUAAAAGCAAUAAAAGUAAUUUCAAUAAAGGGUUGGUAAGACGAACAUGUGUGUAGUCUUGCUGUCAAAUUACGAGAUGAAUAUCAUAUGAUAAGAGAGUCAAAGCACUUUAAUUUAAAGUUUGGUAAGAGUUGGAGACUUCUACAAAGAAUUACUUCAAGUACAACUUGCAUGACGGGAAUUAUUUGCACUUUUACAUCAUGCACGAGCUUUUAAUUUCUUUAUUUUCACUAUUUAGCUGACUUAAUUUGAUUACCUCUUUGGUUAAUUGGUUCUAAUUUUGUGCACUACUCUAAAUUAAGCCAAUAAUCAUGAUUAAUUUUAUCACAAACCCAAAUCAUUGUUCCAGUAAAAUGAGAAGCAUUUUUGGGUGUCCCUGCAAACUCUGAACUCUGUCACAUGAAGUUUAAGCCAAAAAAAAAUUAAGAAACCAAGCCCCCCAAAUCUUGAAGUUCUUUAUACUAUUAAUCCCAUUUCUCUUUGUUUAUGGUACUGAGUUUUUUUUUUGGGUUCCAUUAAAAGUGAAAGUACUAGCACAGUGAACAAAGUGUAAAUAUGUUGUGGAUUUUGUUUUCUUCUGUUUUAGAGGUGUUGUCAAACUUGAUUUAUAGUUUGUGAGUCAAAGCUAUAUUGUCAUUGAUGAUAAUGACUCUAAUUGGCGCUUCUGUUACAUUUUCUCUUUACAUUCUUUUAAAGUGGUAGAUCUGAAGAUUCUGGUGUUGAAAGUGAUCUUGUUAAAACUCUUUAGACAGAAAGCUAAUUGUCUUUUGGAUCUUUCAGUUUUCAAGAUUAUGAUCCUUUUGUCCUCCUCAAUACCAAAUAAAAACACUUCCACUUGUUAGUUAUGACUAUUUCUUUUGUUUGAGAAAUCAUUAAUUAAUUUAGAUUAUAUGAACGUUUAAGAAGCUAUUCAAAUUUAAUUAGUAUAUUUAAAGACUUAUAGUAUUUAGAAUAGGGAUUAAUGUGAGAUUUCGAGUGUUAAAAAUAUUAUUUUAAAGAAUAAAAUAUAUUAACUAAAGUGCUUUGACACAAUGAUAUGUAUAUUUCUAAAAGGAACCUUUGAAAGAGUAUAACUUUGUAACCAGUUUAAAUAAAUCAAAUUAUUUUAAAUAUCUCAUUUAUAGAUUUCUAUUUGUGUAGAUAGAAUUUGUGCAUCGUAGAUGGAUAUAUAAUAGGAAUCAUCCUAAUCGUGCGGGGUUGAGGGAUGAAUUUAUUGAAGGGGUUGCUGAAUUUAUUGUUAAGGCUCAAACACUUGAUGAUUUUCUUAUUGGAGGAAGGAUUAGGUGUCCUUGUAUGAAAUGUAAAUGUGUUAAGUUAUUGAAAUCAGACGAAGUUAAAGUCCAUCUCUACAAGAAAGGGUUUGUAGAAAAUUAUUAUAUAUAGACUGCUCACGGGGAGAAUCAUGCUAGUUUAGAUGAUGCUAACUUUCAUAAUUAUUUUGAUGGUGAGGGUAGCCCCAUUUUGGAGCAUAAUGUUGAAAAUUCUCGAUACAAUGAAAUGAUGAGGGAUGCUUUUGGGACGUUUUCUGGGUUUCAAUCCGAACCAAAGGAUGAGGCUAAGCGUUUCUAUGAACAGUUACUAGAAGCUAGUCGUCCAUCGUAUGAAGGUUCGGUGCAUUCCAAGUUGUCUGUUGCGGUUAGAUUGCUAAGUAUUAAAUCGGAUAGUUCUAUUUCCCAAGUGGGCAUGGAUUCUAUUAUUGGGCUUAUGAAUGAACUUAAUCCGAGUAACAUUGACUUACCAAAAGAUUUCUACACUGCUAAAAAAUUAGUUUCUAAGUUGGGUCUUUCAUCAGAGAGAAUUGAUUGUUGUGAGAAAGGUUACAUGUUGUUCUAUAAGGAUGACACAUCUCUAGAGAACUGUAAAUUUUGUAAUCAGCCUCGUUUUAAGGAAGUCACAAAUGCCAAUACAAAAAAGAAAGUUCCAGUUAAAGCGAUGCAUUACUUACCUCUUAUACCUAGGUUAAAGAGGUUGUAUGCAUCAAUGAGCUCUGCUCCUCAUAUGAGAUGGCACUACUAACAUAGAAGGCCACCUGGUAUACUCUGCCAUCCAUCAGAUGGAGAAGCGUGGAAGCAUGUUGAUAGGGUUUCAUCGAGUUUGCUAGUGAAACAAGAAACAUUAGGUUAGGAUUAUGCACAGAUGGAUUUACUCCAUUUGUUGUCUCUACUACACCAUAUUCAUGUUGGCCGGUGUUUGUUACUCCAUAUAAUCUUCCGCCAGAGUUGUGUAUGACAAGUCCAUAUCUGUUCCUAACUUGUAUUGUUCCAGGUCCACGCAAUCCAAAAAGUUUGAUUAAUGUAUACUUGCAGCCUUUGAUUGAUGAGUUACAAUUAUUAUGGCAUCAAGGUGUGGAAACAUAUGAUAUAUCAACCAAACAAAACUUCAGAUUACAUGCUGCUUUGAUGUGGACUAUAAAUGAUUUUCCUACUUAUGGAAUGUUGUCCGGAUGGUCGACUGUUAAAAAGUUAGCUUGCCCUUGUUGUAUGGAAGACACUAAAGCAUUUACUUUGAAACAUAGAGGUAAAAAUACAUGGUUCAACUGCCACCGUAGAUUCUUGCCAAUGAAUCAUGAAUUUGGGCGAAAUACAAGUGCAUUUAUGAAGAACCGAAUUGAUUUUGAGGAGCCACCAGCCUGCUUGUGUUCAGAAGAAAUUUGGAAUAGAGUAAGGGAUAUGCCUAAAGUAAUAGAGUUUCCACCAUCUAAGAUACCAGGUUAUGGUGUCACACACAACUGGACUAAAUGGAGCAUAUUUUGAGAAUUACCUUAUUGGAAGCACAAUCUUCUUCGGCAUAAUCUGGACGUCAUGCAUAUCGAGAAGAAUUUUUUUGACAACUUGUUUAACACUAUUAUGGAUGUUACUAACAAGACCAAAGAUAACUUGAAGGCUAGGAUGGACUUAAAGGAAUAUUGUAGGCGAACUGAGUUGUAUCUAACGUACUUUAAUAACAAGAUACAGAAGCCCAAAGCCAGUUACACGUUCACUUUGGAUGAGAGAAGAGAGAUUUGUAGUUGGGCUAACAAUUUGAGGAUGCCUGAUGAGUACGCAUCAAAUUUAUCUAGGUGUGUUGACAUGAAAGAAGGGAAGUUGGCGUCAAUGAAAAGCCACGAUUGUCAUAUUUUCAUAGAAGCGUUAAUGCCUAUUACGUUCAAUGCAUUGCCUGAUCGAAUAUGGAAACCGAUUACAGAGAUAAGUUAUUUUUUUAAGGAUUUGUGUUCUAGCACAUUGAGGGUGGAGAACUUAAUUUAUAUGGAGAGUAACAUUAUCUUAACUUUAAACAAGCUGGCAAAAAUUUUCCCUCUUGGUUUUUUUGAUGUAACGGAACAUCUUCCAAUUCACCUUGCACAAGAGGCACGGCUUGGAGAGUCAGUUCAAUGUAGAUGGAUGUAUCCCUUCGAGAGGUAAUGAAAUUUAAUCAUUUACCUUUUGUAUUUGCUUUAAAGAUUGUUUUGUCUAAAAAUAACACUAUACAGUACUAUUGGCAAAUGUAAACGGACCAUAAAAAUAGAUCAAGAAUUGAAGGUUCGAUUUGCGAGGCAUAUGUGGCUAAAGAAACAUCUUAUUUCUGUUCAUACUAUUUUGAACAUGAUAUGCCACGUUUGAGAAAUAGACCGAAUCGGCAUGACAAUGGAGGCGAAAUCGAUCCUUUGGCAUCACCCUUUUCCAUUUUUAAUCAACCAGGUAAAGGAGGUCCAAAAAAUAGUCCUAAGUGAAGGUUGUCUGAGAUGGAGCUAAAGUCAGCUACAACACAUGUAUUGUUAAAUUGCCCUGAGGUCCAACCUUAUUAUAGGUAGGUAUAUAUUCGUAUAUAUUACGGACUUUUAUAUUAAAUAUACCACUGGUUUAACUAAUAAAUAUUAUAAUGGCAGUUACUCUGUGGAUACAUAUGGGCAAGAUGUUGUUUAUCCCAAGUUUUCAGAGUGGUUUAAAGAAUUUGUAUAUAAGUGAAGGUUUGCUCACUCUUGAGUACUUACAGCUCCGUGGAGGCUGCAAAAGAAGAAGAGGCGUUACAGGCCUGGAACAGUGGCUGUUCGAGAAAUUAGGUGCCUUCUGGAGACAUGGAAUCUUCUUAUUCCAGCUGUUCCUUUCAUCAGACUAGUUAAACAAAUUAGUUUCAAUUAUAAACCUGAGAUAACUCGCUGGCAAGCUGAGGCUAUAAUAGCUCUUCAGGAGAUAUGGAAUCUAAGGGGAAGGAGAAAAUAAAAUCUAAGAAGAAAAAACAAUCUGUUCCAACUUUCUCAACUAUGCCAAAUAUGAGUCAUCCUCUUCCUCAUCCUCCUCAAUCGACUUCAUUGUCAUCCACCAUGUUUACUAUCCCCGCUCCAUCUAAUAAUUCAGUUCAGUAUUAUUCUAUGCCUGCUAAAGGCGGUCAAAGUAACACCGUUUUUAACUUUGUACCCACAUCUUUUAUACCAUUAUCUUCACCGGGCUUUCAUGGUGGCUCACCAGCUGUUGUACCCUCGGUCUUUUAUGGUAGUCAACAUACUGACUCACCAGCUGUUUCACCCCCGGGCUUUCAUGGUAGUCAGCAUACUGGCUCACCAGCUGCUGCACCCCCGAGCUUUCAUGGUAGUCAGCAUACUGGCUCACCAGCUGCUGCACCCCCGAGCUUUCAUGGUAGUCAGCAUACUGGCUUACCAGCUGUUGAACCCCCGAGCUUUCAUGGUAGUCAGCAUGAUGGUGCAUCUUUUGUUGCUCCAUCAUCUUCCAGUCCAUCAUCAUCAUCCAUUCCCAGCAUAUCUAGGUUGGAUAUUGGAUUCUCUCGCCCAGCUACAUCUAGUGCUGCUUCUGCACCAUCUCAUAGAUGCAGGUUUUUGCCAUCCUUUCAAGCUACACAUUUGGUUACAGAUUCUAUGAAGCCAUUUUAUCAUGAGCCGUGGACUUCUUGGGGAAAGAUACCGUACAGCAUCAGAGAGCAAAUGUGGAAUCAAUUUAGGACAAGGUGUACAUGGCAUCCUCAGCAUCAAAAUGCAAUAAAUAGUAUUUUCGAGAAGAAAGCUGCUAUAAGGAUUAAAGAUACUAUGUGCGCUGCUCGAAAUUCCGGUAAAAUGCCGGAAUGAUUAAGAGAAGAUGUUUGGGAUAAACUUCUUGAGAAAUGGAAUACCCCAGAAUGGAAGGCAAAGAGUGAACAAGCAAAGGCAAACCGUGCCUCUAAAAACGGUGGCUCGUUGCAUACAGGAGGUUCAAUUACUUUUGAGGCCCAUAAACUAAGAAUGGAAAAGGAAAGAGGGUGAGAUGUGAGUUACGCUGAGGUCUUCGAGGAGUCGCAUAAGAAAAAGAAAAAGGAUGGUAUAAGAGAACACUGGGUGGAGACGCGUGCAUCAGACACAUAUGAAGAUUAUCAUAAAAGGUUGGAAGAAUAGCAACAAACUCAGCUUCCUUCAACUCAACCAACACCUGAUAAUAUGGCUUCAUUGUGGACAGAGGCAGCGGGUGGAGCAAACAAAGGCAGAGUCUACGGACUAGGAGUACAUCGACCUAUAGGUCAUCCAAACCCACUCUUAGCCAAUUCUUCUCCUCAAAAUCAAGAAUAGAUGGAAGAUAUGAGAAACGAAAUUCGUGGAUUGAAGCAACAAUUGGACUUCCAAUACAGAACAUUUGUUAAGAUGCAGAAAUUCAUGCGUAAACAUGGGCAUGAUUUAUCUGAUGAUGAGGAUGAACAAACUGAAUCUGAUGUGUAGUAGUUUAGUUGUGAUAUUUUGGUUGAUUGGUAAACUUGAAUGUGAGAAACAACUUUAAUUUAUGUAUUGCUUUUAAACUUGAAUAUGGGCUGCUAUUUGGAUGUUUUUAUGCCCAAAAUUGUUAGGUUUAAAUGUUGGUAUUGUUGGUUUAAGUUGUGUUAA